UACCCUCUCAAUAUACUGAAAAUCAGUCAGUGUCGCGAAAGAUCGCUCCUGGUUCAGUGAUGAUUACAUCCCCUUUGCAUCCUUUUUCAAGGACAUGAUGGGCAACAUGAUGGAAGUCGUUGGAAUCGGAACUGUCGAGCUCCCCACAAAGACUUUGCCGAACCUGACUGGCCCGGAUUCGCACGGCACCCUUCGGCUGAAGAUGGUUCUCCAUUGCCCCAGCGCCAGAUGUAACAUCGUCGGGGUUCCUAUCACGGGUGAUUACGGGGUUAUCGUGUCCGGCUAUGUCGGCGCCUCCGGUCACGCCGGUACGGUCACUGGCCUUUCUGACCGUCGCCCCGUGGCCUACUUCAUGCCCAGUGUUGGAAGUUUCCCAUUGCUAGAAGUGCAGCUCAGUGAGCCUCCGGUUGGCCCUGUGGUUGGGCCUUCUCCUUUCAAUCCCUCCCAGGCAUACAUAAAUUAACGCGAACUGGCCAGAGAGCGAGUGGCAGAGAUUCGCAGCAUUACCAACUUCCAAUCCCCAUGAGCCUCCCC